GGCUUUUCUCCAGUCGCCAGUGACUUUGCUUCGGGAGCGCAGCCGCCUGGCGCGGCUUUCCUCCAGGCUGGAGCGCGCAGGGGCCCCUGGCUCUUCUGCGAACGCAAGAGGCAAGAAUCGGUGACCUCGGGGCGCGCCCCGAGUCCGGGUCCCUUAACCCGCACCCCAGCCCCCGGCCCGCGCCUAAGCCUCCAGCAUGGUGCUGCUGGCUGGGCCCGGGCCGGAGGGCGGCGGGACACACUGCUUGUCGUCCCCGCAGUCGCCGACGCCACCCCGGGGAGCGCAGACAGGGGACGAUCCAGGGGACUACGAAGAGUACGAAGACUUCUCAAGUCUGCCGGACACCCGCAGCAUAGCAUCAGACGAUUCCUUCUAUCCUCCCGGAGGCGAGGAGGAGUGCGGCUCAGGGAGCGCCGAGUGCAUCCCGGAGGGCGUCCCCGAGGCGGCGACCCUUCUGCGCGCCGCCUGCACCAACGACGUGGGGCUGCUGCGGGCGCUAGUGCUGCGCGGGCCGAGUUCCGAGGAGGUACGAGAGACUGACCGCAACGGCCGGACUGGCCUUAUUGUUGCGUGCUACCACGGCUUCGUGGACACUGUGGUGGCCCUAGCGGAGUGCCCCCACGUCGACGUCAACUGGCAGGACAGCGAAGGGAACACAGCCCUCAUCACGGCUGCACAGGCAGGGCAUGCCACCAUCACCAACUACUUGCUGAAUUAUUACCCUGGUCUGGACCUAGAGAGGAGGAACAUAUUCGGCUUCACAGCCCUCAUGAAAGCGGCCAUGCAGGGCCGAACGGAAUGUGUGCGAGCCCUGAUGUUGGCAGGGGCGGAUGUUCAAGCGAGGGAUCCCCGCCGUGGGAUGUCACCACAGGAGUGGGCUGCAUACACUGGCCGAGUGGAGGCUGUUCGUGUCAUGCAGAGGCUGAUGGAGCGACCCUGCCCAGAGCAGUUUGGGGACAAGUACAAGCCAGAAUUGCCGCUUCCCGCUGAGGCGCUCUUGAAACCAGCACGUUCCAAAAACUGCUUUCAGAGAUUCACAGAGUUCCUGCGGUCCACUCUGACCUCCCGCUCAGGCCAGGGACUGGCGGAUGGAGGUGUCCUUGAUCACAUGGUCAGGAUGACCACAAGCCUUUAUAGCCCCGCCAUUGCUGUCGUCUGCCAGACUGUGUGCCCGGAGAACCCUCCCUGCGUGGGGAAACGGCGCCUGGCAGUGCAGGAAAUCCUAGCAGCUAGGGGGAACCCGGACACCUAUGCUCAGGAUGGCUCUGAACUGCAAUCCCAGACUUUGGAGACUCCCAGAGCGAAUCCCUGGUCAUCCCAGUCCUCUGGGGCCCCAGGACCCACCCCUGCCCCUGUCUCACGGAAGGCCAGCCUCCUGCCCUUGCAGUUGCUCCGGAGAAGCAGCGUGAGGCCAGGAGUGGUGGUUCCCAGGGUGCGCAUCAGCAAGGCCCCUGCGCCCACCUUCCAGCCCGAGCGCCCAGCCCCAAAAGGCAACACCAAGGACAGUGUACACCUGCAGAUCCCCAAGUGGCGGUACAAAGAGGCCAAGGAGGAGAAGAGGAAGGCGGAGGAGGCGGAGAAGAAACGCCAGGCAGAGGCUCAGAAGGAAAAGCGGGCGCCACGUUGGAGGAAAAGGACGUGAAGGGGCCGUGAUACCCUCCGCGUGUGUGCCUGGUGUGGGAGCAGCGCAGGGAUCCAGCUGGGAGGCUGCGGGUGGUGUAGAUGGCACCACAGAGAGGGGUGCCCCUCUCCGCUGCAUUACACAACCUCUGGGUCGUUCUUUCCUAGACCCACGAAGCAGGUUCUCCAUUGUUCCCAAGACAGGAUGGCUUUUGCUUAAAACUAGUUCCCUGAGCAGUUUAUACACCCAAAGGGCAGUUUCCCAGAAGUCACCUCUUAGAGGACCCCAAUGAAGAAUUAAAAAACCUAAUUUAUCAAAGGGCAUUUUCACAUACUUUUUUAUUUUGUUAUUUAUGAAAAACUGCAGCAUUUUACAAGUGAUGGGCUCUUUGUAAUUAUGGCAGUUUUAAUCCCUGUGUUUGGAGACCCUUUGUUUAAAAUGCUGCCUCUAGCAAUAAAUACUUGUAAUGAUUGUGUGAAUCACACAGAACUCUGGCAUUCUCCCCUUUCGCCCUUCGGUUCUGGCUUUUGCCUUCUCGUGUCCCGUGGACACACCUGGCUUUUCCUAUUGACUUGAGUGAUGCCAAAUGCCUGCUUCUACUUGAUGAGGGCACGGACUUCUAUUCAAAACGGGCAGGUGAGAUGGAAGCCUUCAUUUCAGGAAGUCUCCUUCCUUUCGUUCCCUUUCUUAAACCUUUUGUUCUGACCAUCGUCGUCAUCAUUGUCAUCAUCAUCACUUAUAUCCUUGAAAGUGACCAUGGCCCAUUGCAGAAGUGCAUGUGUUUCUGGGAUCAAACUCAUUUAAAACAAGAGGCUUGGAUAGACAGACCAUCCAUCUUCCAGGUGAUUUGAGGAGAACAGUUAUUUAGCAGGGGGUAGAUUUAACAAAUGAGUAGUAGAAACACAAUCGUAUAUGCCCAGAAAGAAGCAAAUGUGGGUAUCCUUAACUAUGUCCAAGAUGCAGAGGGCGGGGGUGCUGCAAACUUUUGAGGGGCAGACAGAUGACUUUUAGGACAGGUGGAACACCCUAGAUCCUAGACAGCAGUUUGGGGAAGGUUUUCCUGCAGUGAUCUGCACUCAGGUGGCCCUCUCCUCCAGGGAGUCUCUUGUGUGUUUUGAGUGACAGUUUCCCCUUGAUGAGCCCCAGUGUUCAGUUCAUCCCCAUCCCAACUUUGUAGACCUUCCGAUAUGUGGGGACUCAGGCCGGGAUGGGAUUUGCCUUGGGUGCCGACCUCUCAGUGGAAGGGUUCUUUCUAUACCUUUCUUUCUUUUAGCUCCAAAGCAUUAAAAAAUUCCCAACUGAGUCUUAGCAUACCAGUCACGUGCACUUUAUUUGGAUAUUUAAUGUAGCUACUUUAUUACUUUAUUUGGAUAUUUAAUGUAGCUACUUGGUAGCUGUAGAUUCAGAAUACUACAGACUGAUUUGGAAGCCCUUUGCUGAGGUCCGUCUCACACUGCAGGGAGGGGGAGAGUGGUACUGACUUAAUCUUAAUUCUUCAUACUUGGUGCCAUUAGGCAUUGAGCAACGAGAGCUCUCCCACUAGCUUUCCCCGAAACACCAUAAAAUAGGUCAGUCUGACCUUAGAUCUAAAAAGGCAGGGAAAGAAAGCCCUUGCUUUUCCCACUGCACUAUGAGACUGAGACCUCUAGAUCCCAGGAGAGGAUGGAGGGCAGGGCUAUGACAACAGGAUAUCAGCAGAGACCUCUAGAUCCCAGGAGAGGACGGAGGGCAGGGCUGUGGCUUCAGGACAUCAGCAGAGACCUCUAGAUCCCCA